AUGAAGACAUAUUUCUCCUGCUGCUGCCCAUCCCUGAUCCCUAGCAGGGAAACUGCUCGCAUCUCAUUGCUCUGUGCGCUCAUUGCUCUUUACAUGCUGGCUGGCGCUGCCAUAUUUUCUUCCUUGGAGAGACCGGCAGAGCUAAAGGCCCACCAGCUUUGGGAGAGCAGGCUGAGAGACUUCAGUUAUGAGCAUAAGAUAAACUGUGAGGACCUGAAAUCCCUGUUGUGUCACUAUGAGGAGGCCAGGACUGCAGGAAUCAGGGCAGAACAAGGCAGAACUCUAUGGGAUAUACACGGUGCCUUCUACUUUGUGGGAACAGUAGUCUCCACCAUUGGGUUUGGAGUGACAGCCCCGAUCACCGUUACGGGGAAGGCCUUGCUCGUUCUCUAUGGGUUGCUGGGCUGUUCGGCUACUAUACUCUUCUUCAAUCUCUUCCUGGAGAGGGUCAUAACAAUGCUGAGCUUGCUGAUAUUUAGGUGUCACAGAAGGAGAAUCGAGCACAGUGGACUGCCGGGCCAAACUAGUGAAGAUGACAGAAAUGAAGACUGGAAACCAUCUGCAUACCAAGUCACAUUCAUCCUUUUUGUAGCUGUCCUGCUAGUUGCAUGUGGUGCUGCCUCUCUCUAUUCAGUCAUGGAGGGCUGGACUUACACAGAGUCUCUUUACUUCUGCUUUGUGGCGUUCAGCACAGUGGGCUUUGGGGACUUUGUUAGUGGCCAGAGAGAGCAUCAUGAGGACACAUGGGCAUACCAGCUUGCAAAUUGUCUCCUGAUGCUCUUGGGAGUGUGCUUUACUUAUUCCCUCUUUAACACCAUCUCUGUGAUCAUCAAGCAGGGUUUGGACUGGGUGCUGGGAACACUGGCCUGGGUGUUUGGCAGAUGA